UCUCAUCUCUCUACUAGUUAUUUCUCUCUUGGUCUUCUUCUUCUUCUUCUCUCUCUCUCACAUCGAUGUCCAUGGGUAAUUUGAGACUACCUUUCCUGGCCGCGACCCUCUGCUUGCUCGUGCACGUGGCCUUGGGGAAGGGCUCCGCCACGACCGGGCUCGACGACGCCCAGCAAUGCAGGCUCUGGAGGAUCAGGGCCACCCAGCCGGACCAGCGCUUCGAGUCCGAGGGUGGCUUCACCGAGCUCUGGUCCGAGGAUGACGAUCAGUUCCAGUGCGCUGGGGUUGCCGCUGUCCGCAACAUCCUGCACCCCAACGCGCUCUUCUUGCCGGAGUUCAUCAACGCUCCUCGCUUGGUCUUCAUUGAGCAAGGUCGGGGAUUGCUGGGGAUAAACUACCCGGGAUGUCCCGAGACAUACCACUCGGGUCGAUCCUCUGGCGGCAGCAGCGGAAGAGGUAGGAGAUGGCAGGAAGAGGGCCAGCAAGGGGACAGGGGAAGGAGAGACCAACACCAGAAGGUUCACCGGAUCCGCCGGGGCGACAUCAUUGCCAUCCCCGAAGGCACGGUACAUUGGUGCCACAACGACGGCAAUGAAGAACUCAUUGCCAUCUCCAUCAUCGAUCUCAACAAUCAGGGCAACCAGCUCGAUCAAAGGCUAAGGGCUUUCUUCCUCGCUGGAGGCUUCGGAGGGCAGGGCCGCCAACAGGGCCGCCGGGGCGGGCGGUACAGCAUCCAAAACAUCUUCCAAGCCUUUGACACCGAACUCCUCGCCGAGUCCUACAACGUUCCGAUGCAGAUAGCUCAGAGGCUGCAACAGCAGAACAACAGGGGAAUCAUGAUCGACGUUGGUGAGAGGCUGAGAGUGGUAGCCCCCGAGGAGGACGAGGAGUACGAUGAGGAGUACGAGGAGGAGCAGGAGGAGAGGAUGCGAAGGCGAAGGGGACAGGGCGGUCGCUGGUCGUUGGCCUCGGAAAACUGGUUCGACGAGAUGUUCUGCACCAUGAGGAUCAAGCAGAACGUCGACAUCCGAAGGGAAGCUGACGUGUUCUCGAGGCAGGCCGGGCGGGUCAACGUCGUCGACAUGCACAAGCUCCCUAUCCUGCGUGAUAUGGACAUGAGCGCUGAGCGAGGCCGUCUUCUUCCGAAUGCGCUGUACACGCCGCACUGGUCGAUGACCGACCACAGGAUCGUGUACGUGACCCGUGGCGAGGCGCACGUGCAGAUAGUCGGGCAGGACGGGCAGAACGUGUUUGACGAACGGGUGAGCGAGGGCAGCAUGUUCGUGAUCCCGCAGUUCUACGCGACGGUAUCGAGGGCAGGCGACGGCGGGUUCGAGUGGAUCACCUUCAAGACCUCGAGCCAGCCCAUGAAGAGCCCGCUGGCGGGUUACACCUCGGUGUUCAGGGCCCUCCCGCUCGAGGUCAUCACCAACUCCUUCCAGAUGUCGCCAAGGGACGCUCAGGAGCUCAAAUACAACCGUGAGCACCAGACGUUCCUCUUGUCCCCGAGCUGCCGGAGUCGGUCCUUGUCGGACUAAUUUUAGUCCGUCGUACAUUUUGUUGCCUAAGUAGCACGAAGGUUAUGGUAAAACUGUGGUAUGGUAGGGUAGUAGAGGUCACUGCGACGCAAAAGGAAAAAAAUCCUUCUUCUACAGUAAGAGAAGGUUAAGUUGUUGGCGGGAUUGAGAAGUGAGCUAAGAGCAUGUUCAUGAGGAACUUUUGGGUUAAUCAAAUAAUAAUAAAGUGGCCUUCUUUCUAAA